GAGUUGAACGAGUUUGCCGACCUUCAGACUCACACAGAUAAACCAGAAGAACUACACUGUGAACGCGUUACUUUCAUAUGAGUGACUUUUGCGGUAGAAGCCGUAGCCAUGUACCCCAGGGUUAUUUUAAACGGGAUGCUGAUCAAGAAAUCUCAACAAAAGAAAAUUACAUCUCCAGAAAAUUACAAGGAAAGAUUAUUUGUUUUGGAUACUAAAGAAUUGAAAUACUCCGAGUGCCGCCCCGGGAGAAAGCCUGUUCUGAAAGGAUCGAUUCAACUGAGCAAAAUAAAGUGCGUAGAGGCUGUGAAUUCUGAACUCCCAAUACCGUGCCAUUAUAAAUACCCGUUUCAGAUUUAUUACGGCAACUAUUACCUGUACAUUUUCGCUCCUGACCACACCUGUCGGCAGCAGUGGGUAACGGCUCUGAAAGAAGAGACACAGUUUAAUACUUUUAUCACCGAGUACCACCCGGACAUGUGGAUGGACGGAAAAUGGAGAUGUUGCCUUCAGACGGACAGAACGGCAGCGGGAUGUGCGCAGUACUACCCCACAGAGAUUAUGAACCACAACCCUCCUCCCAGGACGACUCCAGAGAUGAAAGAUGAGACGGUGAAGGUGGUCACGGCGAUACAAGACUUUACACCGGUGGAAAACGGAGAGAUACAAAUACAGAAAGAUCAGAAGUAUAUUUUAAUCGAUGACUCAGAUCUGGAUCGGUGGCUCAUCCAGGAUUUUGAAGGGAACGCAGGUCUCGUCCCCAGCACGUACGUCGCUGGGAAAUUUGAAACCAACUUUAGCCGUUUUGAGUGGUUCGAUGACGACAUCACGAGUCAUGAAGCAGCACAGUUGUUGGCAAAAGAGGACAAAGAGGGAGCGUUUAUGCUCCGCAGAUCCAGUCGACCAGGACAAUUCACGUUGUCUGUUUUCUCCAAAGCUCCGGGAUCCAAUCCUGGGAAGAGUGUGAGGCAUUACCUAAUCCGGCAGAAAUCAGACAGUGAGGCGCCGUUUUACGUGGCAGAGAAGAAGUCGUUCGGCACCAUCCCUGAGCUGGUCCACUACCAUCAACACGACUGCGCCGGGAUGGUAACACGACUGAGGCAUCCCGUGUCGCGUCCGUUCUCCCGACGAGCCUCUUCCGUCACUUCAGAUCAGUUUGAAGGUCAGUGGCAGAUCGAUCCGUCGGAGGUGAAGAUGGAGGAGAAAGUCGGCUGUGGACAGUUCGGUUUGGUGAUGAGGGGGACGUGGAGGGACAAGAAGGUCGCGGUGAAGAUGAUCAAAGAAGGAGCGAUGUCCGAGGAGGCGUUUAAAGAGGAGGCCAAAGUGAUGAUGAGACUGUCCCAUGAGAAGCUGGUGCAGCUGUACGCCGUGUGCACACAGGGCUCUCCUCUCUACAUGGUGUUUGAGUUCAUGGAGCAGGGGGCGCUGUUGGACUAUCUGAGGGCCCGGAGGGGGGUCCUGUCCCGGGACACUCUGCUGGGGAUGUGCCUGGACGUCUGUGAGGGGAUGAAUUACUUAGAAAACUCCAAUUACCUGCACCGGGACCUGGCGGCGAGAAACUGUCUGGUCUCACAGAACAUCGUCAAAGUGGCAGACUUCGGCAUGGCGAGAUUUGUGCUGGAUAAUGACUACACAAGCUCUCAAGGCUCAAAGUUUCCCAUUCGGUGGUCGGCCCCGGAGGUUAUUCGAUAUGGAAAGUACAGCAGCAAGUCUGACGUCUGGUCUUUUGGUGUGCUCAUGUGGGAGGUUUACAGCGAAGGACUUCUGCCGUACGAGAAAAAGAACAACAUGGACGUGGUGAACUCACUGAACAGAGGACAGAGACUCCCAAAGCCCGAGCUCGCCCCCACAGACGUGCACGUGCUCAUGACCUGGUGCUGGAAGGAAAAUCCAGACGAUCGUCCUGCGUUUGCUCAGCUGCUUCAUCAACUCUCGACUCUUCCAAAUGAUUGAACCGAACCUCGUCACUUCACACUCGUGUUUUUACUUCACACUCGUGUUUUUACUUUCAUAGAAAUACACAUUUUUAUACAGUAACUCUCCAGUCGACAUGUGUCUCUGCUCAGAUGAGCUUGAAGGAUUUUUGUACUAAACUUUUGUUUUGAGUUCGGGGAUGAACUUUUUGACACUCGGGCCUUAGCGGGUCUAAAAUGUGACAGGGGGCGGGGCCAGGAUAUAUAUGUGUUUAUACGACAUUAGAGAUGUGGCCUGUAACAAAACAUGAAUAUGAAGGUUCAUUGUAUAAACUGUUUUCAAAUGCAUUAAGUAAAUGAAUAAUUAAUAUAUUAAAUUUACCUUUACCUAUUUUAAUAUAAUUUGGUCACGUUCGGCCGGAUUAAUAAGCCCGACGGGCCGUGUGUGGCCCCGGGGCCGUAGUUUGCCCACGUCUGGUCUAGUUCAUCGUUGCCCCGGUAACAACAGCACUAAACCUGGAAGUGUUUAAUAAAAAAUAAACGUGGAAAAUGUGAAUAUUUCAGACAAAAAAACAACAUUUUCAGCAACGGAUUAUUACAGUAAUACUAGAACUUUUACUACAACAACAACUACUACUACUACUACUACUACUACUACUACUACUACUACUACUACUGCUGCUGAUAUUACUAUUACUACUACUACAACAAACACAACAAAAACUACUACUACUACUACUGCAACUACUACUACCACUACUUCUACUACUACUACUACUAUUACAGAAACUAUUACUACAACUAAACUACUACUACUACUACUACUACUACUACUACUAAAAUAGACCUUUUAUUUAUGUGUCAUACAAUAGAAAUACAUUACUAAACGUACUACUAUCUUACAAGAAAUGAUCUUACAACCACUACUACUACUUCUACUACUACUACUACUACUAGUAUUACAACAAUUACUGCUACUACUGAACCAGACCUUUUCUCUAUGUGUCAUACAGUAUAAAUAAAUUACAGUAAAACAUCUG